UUCAGAGCCCGCCAGACAGACAGACAUUUUCUGUCUCUGCCUCUCUAACGCCCUAGUCAAGACUUGCUUUUCACAGAUUAGUGAGUGUGCAAGUAUGCAUGUGCCCUCCUCGCUCUGCAGGGCAAUCUUCUGCCCCUUUUUUUCUCACACCAAGAAGAGCCGAAGAUCAGACCCAGAAAUGACUGCUCCUCCUGGCAGCACGUAAGGACUACGGAAUAUUUGGAAAGACAAUUCGGAUCAUCAUCAUCCAACACUCUGGCCAUCAGUAAGGGAGAAUCUGAAGAAGACUGUGGAGGACUGUGGAAACGUUAUCCUGCCAUGAAAAAAUGAAAUACAACAAAAAGGAUUCUAAGUGUGCAUGCGGGACUUCUCACUCUGAAAACUACAGUUGGCCUUCGUCCUGCACCUUUCCCUGGGAUGUGCACAAUCCUCUCCUUCAACAUCCGUAAGGGAGUAACAUGGAAAAAGACUAAGAUACAGGGACAUUGGAUCCGCUUUUUGUUCUCUCCAUGGACUAAAUGUCUGAAGGUCAACAGGAAGAGGCAACAGGCCUUUUUUUCAGGGAGAGCAACUCAGUACCAGACCUGAACUUUGAGAUGCUGAGUCUCAUGUGACAAGAACUGCCUGAGGCUUUCUCUUGCAAAUUGUGGUUUCUUUUACAGACUGUAUUUUGUACAAAGGCUGUGAAAUGUCAUCUUUCAUCUGUCCUACUUAGCACAUUGAUUAUUUUUGCAUUAUACAUGCACAGACCAUCAGGUCGGUACAUUUUCGGAGCAGAGAAGAGAUAUUUCCAGCUCAAAAACAGAUACUGCAUUGGAUUUCAACAACAUUGAGAAUGGCUCCAUGUCUGCACAUCGCUAUCUCCGGUUGCCAUGGGAAUGUGUACAGAAAGUUCUAACCUGGAAAUUCUGACUCAAAUGAGCUGUGAAACAUAAAAAGUGGAGCUAACUUCCUGGAGGGAAGGAGGAAGGGAGAGAGAGAGAGAGAGAGAGAGAGAGAGAGAGAGAGAGAGAGAGAGAGAGUGCAUUCCUGCUGUUGGAUCAAUUGCUCUCCAGAGUGUCUACCAUGUUGCUGCUGCCACUCAGAAGUGCUCACCCCUGAGUCAUUCAAAGACCACUCAACAGGUCCGCAGCACAGGCAGUGACACAUGCUUUGACUAAGUGACUGGCUGUGGUUGCCUGCUGGUGGAUAGCAGUCUUUAGUCUCUGUUGUAUCCUGAAUGCACCCCGCCACCCAAGAUUGGGGCAUGUCAUCUCUGUCUUAGGAAAAAAAAAACCUGGACAAUUCAACAACCCAAUCAUCCCUUUGUCUUGUGAGCAAUGGUAUUUUUAAUUCUCAGUUAAGGAAAAGCUUUUCCCCCCCCUGGACAAACCAUUAAAAACCGGGAUAAUCAUAGGUACAAAUGGGAAAGGUUUCAACACUACUCAGGACUGUGGACUAGGAAGAAGAGUUUGGGUGUUCAACAGGAGGCUGGGGGUCUGCACUGUAAGAUGAUUGAACACAGAGAGUUCAGGAGCAGUGUCUCUGGCGCCCUGGCCCAUCACAGUAUCAUCAACCGGAGGAUUUAUCGCAAAAUAACAAGCUGUGUGGGUUGCAGACGGGGCAUCUUUGGUCAGAAGCUGGAGGAGACGGUGAAGUAUGAGCGUCGCUAUGGGAACAAGAUGGCCCCCAUGCUGGUGGAGCAGUGUGUGGACUUCAUCCGGCAGUGGGGGCUGCAGGAGGAGGGGCUGUUCCGACUGCCCGGCCAGGCCAACCUUGUCAAGGAGCUGCAGGACGCAUUCGACUGCGGAGAGAAACCCUCUUUCGACUGUAAUACAGAUGUGCACACGGUGGCCUCCCUGUUGAAGCUGUACCUGAGGGAGCUCCCUGAGCCUGUCAUCCCUUUCUCCAAAUUCGAGGAGUUCCUGGCCUGCACCAAGAUCCUCAGCAAAGACCAGGACACUGGAAUGAAGGAACUGAAGAAACAAGUGGAAAGUCUACCUCCUGUGAAUUACAACCUGCUCAAGUACAUAUGCAGGUUUCUAGAUGAAGUGCAGUCGUACUCCGGCGUAAACAAAAUGAGCGUGCAGAACCUGGCGACUGUCUUCGGGCCCAAUAUCUUGCGUCCAAAGAUUGAGGACCCGGUGGCCAUCAUGGAAGGUACGGUGCUGGUGCAGCAGCUGAUGGCUGUGCUGAUCGGCCGUCACGACGUGCUCUUCCCCCGCGACGAGGACACCAACGGCACGUCGCUGGAGCUCUGCAUCAACAACAACAACCAGGGCCACCACCACCACACCACCAGGCCCAGCACCGCCGGCCAGCUGCUCAACAAGGAGAACAACAACAGCAGCAGCAGCCCGCCGGCACACACCGCCGGCAUGCCCCCCGCCAGGCAGCAGUGCGCCUGGGAGACCCCCGAGUCUCCGCAGCGCUCCCCGGGCGGGCUGGACAACAACACCGGUGGUGGUGGUGGUGGGGGCUCCCCGCGCUCGGCCAGCCCCCGCAACGGCCUCACCUCGGUCGGGGGGGUGGGCCGCUUCGAGCUGGUGCGCAGCCCGCCGCCGGGGCUCAAGAAGAACCCGGCGUUCAGCAAAGGCAGCGGCAUCGUCACCAACGGCUCCUUCAGCUCGUCCUCGUCGUCCUCGGGCGAGGCCUCGGCGCAGGACAAGUGCCACCACCACCACCUGCACCACCACCAGCAGACGCUGCUGCUGUCCACCGCCGGCUCCAGCUCCAUGCAGCAGAGGCGGGCGGGCACGCUCAAGACGGCAGGCACCAAGAUGGGCACGAGCGGGCACGUGCCCAGCGGCGGCGCCGCCACCACCGGCGUCGGAGGAGGGGGAGUUGCAGGCGCUGGUGUGCGCAUGGGGGUGUCCAGCAGCGAGGUGGUGAACGGCACGCUGCUGAACGGCCGAGGAGGGCUGUGGCUGCCGCCCCCCAGCCCCCAGAGCACCGUGACGCUGCGCGAGGGCAAAUCCCAGCGGGACGCCGAUCAGCAGAACCGGCUGUCCACCUACGACAACGUGCAGCUGCUGCAGAUGCAGACCACCACCACUACCACUAUGACCUCCACCACCACCAACACCAACGCCACCACCACGACACAGCAAGCGCUCUCAGCCUCUGGCGCCGCCAUGAUGACGACGCAGAUGCUGCCUAUGGCGUCGCCGGCGGCCAUGUCGUGCCUGAGCAGCAGCUGCGAGGACAAGCAGAGCGUGGACAGCGCCACCUGGUCCACCUCCUCCUGCGAGAUCUCGCUGCCGGACAACUCCACCUCCUGCCGCUCCUCCACCACCACCUGCCCCGAGCAGGACUUCUACGGGGCCCACUUCGAGGACGCCAUGCUGGACGGGGGCUCGCAAGACGAGGGCGGCAGCGGGGCGGGGAGCGGGGGAAGCGGCCUGAGCCUGGCCGGGGACAGGGACAGGGACAGGGGCAACGGGAGCAGCGGCGGCAGCGGGAACGGAGGAGGACGGGGCAGCCGAGGAACCAGCAGUAGCGAUAACAGUGAGACGUUUGGGCCCACCAGUAGUAACGGGCCCAGCAGCCACAGCGCCCUGCACAGCCUGGUGGCCAGCCUCAAACAGGAGAUGCUCAAGCAGAAGGCGGAGUACGAGGCGCGGAUAAAGAGUCUUGAACAGCGUAACCUGGAGCUGGAGAGCGAGAUGGUGAACCUCCACGAGGAGCUGGACCAGGAGAGGAAGAAGUACACCAUGGUGGAGAUCAAGCUGCGCAACGCCGAGCGCGCCAAGGAGGACGCAGAGAAGAGGAACCAGAUGCUGCAGAAGGAGAUGGAGCAGUUCUUCUCCACCUUCGGAGACCUCACCGCCGACCCGCGCCGACCGGACCGCGCUAACACCAUCUGGAUCCAAUAGAGGAGUGCAGAAGGGUGCUGCUGGAGAGACAUUUUCGCCUCGGUUCAAGCGCUGCACCAGUUUGAAACAUUUGGCAACAACUUGCAACGUUCUGCAACAGUUUGGAACGUUUUGUUGCGCCUUGAACAUGGGGCUUGACUGUUUGGCUGUACCAUCAGAAUGCAGUAGAGGAUUACUGUAGGAAUGGUGGAGGAGGAGGGACUGCUUGGCUAUUGGUCUGCACCAUCUGAAUCUAGGGGUUGAGCUGGUGGAGAGACUUUUUGACUGUAACCAUCGGAAUCCAUUAGAGGGUGGCUGUGGUGGACAGACCUUUUGACUCUUGGGCUGUACUAUCUGAGUCCUAAAGAGGGGUGGGCGGAGAGACUGACUAUUGUGCUGUACCGUCUGAAUCCAGCAGAAAGUCGAGGUUGUAUGGACAGUUGUCCUUGCUGGACUGUACCACCUGGAUCCACUUGGAGGGGAUGGGGUGAACGGGCAAUUGGACUGAGCCAUCUGGACACAGUGCAAGAGGCAUCAAGUGGAAGGCCAAUUUUACCAUACCCUCUGCCCUCAUCUCAGUAGAACAGCCCAGUUGUACAGUCUGGAUUCAGUAUCUCUUUUUGUUUUUAACAUAAAGACAAAACAGCAGGAAAAAUCAGACCCAUUCAAAUACCAAGUGGGACAGACAAGCACAGAUAUCUGUUGCAUUGUGGGAUACGUACAUGUGGUCAGGUGGCUGGUCACCAACCUGGCCUCUUCUGAGCCUUAUGCUAAUGUAGAGAGACUCCAAAGGAACCGUUCUCCUCAUUGUAUACAGGGCGUCCCAUAAGAAUGUGUACACACUUAAAAUCAUUGCAUACAUAGUAUGUAUUUAUUUAAAUUCGUGCCAUUUUUGAAAGUGUAAUAGAAUUUAUAAACACCACUUAAAUGUUUAUUCACCACAGGUUCUCAAACUGAGGAUGAAAGUCUAUAGCCAGGGAAAUCCCAUACUGUUUUGCACAAUCGUUCCAGUCUGAAAGACAGCAUAGAUUCUAUCCCUCAGCAAGGGUACCAGAUCUUGGGCUCCAGUCAGAAAGCGGGGAGAGGUGGAAAGGCGAUGACUGCAGUUUGUUUGAAUAGAUAUAACUGACACGAUUGUCUACGGGCUACGUAGAUGCCAAAUGACACAUUCGUAACGCUGAAUAAACAACAUAGGGCAAUCGUAAACCAAACCUUUCCUACAAGAAAUUGUAUAGGUAGCCUCCAGACGAUCUCACCUCUGGUCUUAACCAGCUAAGGAAGUCCAUGCUAUGACACCUGAAACAGUCACUGAAAGUAAAUGCAGCAUUGAAAGUGAAUGCAUGAAAUUUCCAAGAGAACUGUGUGUGAUCUGCAUUUUCAGUACUGUCUUGGCCAGAAUGGAUGGAUGUCAACUUGGGGACAGGUGGUGACAAAACAAUAACAUAAUGUCUCUAGAUUCUGUUACUCAUUGAAAAUGACGUGAAUUUUAAAAUCCACUUGCUCUGCAAUGAUCUAAAGGGUGUAUACAUUUUGGGGUACCCUGUAUAUCUUUGUGAUCCAUUAAAAAAUAUAUACACACACAUCAUUACAUUACGUACGCCAGCUCUUGUUAAUGUUGAAUGUUGCUGUCCUUGUUAUCUGCCUGUGUAUAUAGAGCUAAGCAGUGUUUCCGAAUGUCCAAGAAAAAAUAUGUAAGUACAGUUAAAAAAAAAAGUAAUUAAAAGUAAAGUAAUAUUUUAAUGUAUGUCUUGUAUUUAAACUGAGAAUUUAUGUUGCAUUUUCGAUUUUAUAUAUCAAGGCUUUUCCUUGCACUUAUGUUUUUUUUUUCAUCGUGGUACUGACAAAAAAUAAAGACGAAACAUGUUGCUGGUUCUCUUUUAUUGUGCUCUUGGUGUAUUGAUGGAAAAUCAGUAACCAGACGGACGCUAUACCUUUGUGUGCCGAUGGGCCCACUUUAUGACCAAAAAAAACCCUAGAAGAAAGAAAACCUGUAAAUAUUUUAUAAAGCCCAUUUCAUGUGUUGUCUAUGCUGACAGGUUUUCAGUUUCUCCAAGGGAUACAUCGCUUUAUUUUUUGGGGUUGUUUGUUGUUUUUAUUUGUUGGUUCUCUUGACAGUAAAGGCUUGACACCAAUGCCGAAUUGUGUGCGUGUGCCUAAAGAGAUACGGACGUCUGUGAAAGCAAGCAAGCGCUGAUUCAUAUUUUUUGCCCUAGAGCAUCAUGAGCUGUUGUUCUCAGUGUCAAAGGAAUUUGAAAAAAAGAUAUUUUACAUGUGUUUUUGGGAGCGAUGUGCUUUUUAGGGAUGUUUUUAAAAGUCAUCACCCAAACAGUUGAAGUCUGCUGUAGUGAAGUACAUUCACAUGCAAAGAAAAUUAAAUUCUGUGAAC